UUAAAAAGGACAAACACGCGUCGGCGUUUGCACUCCCGGCGUCCGCCUCCCCCUCCCUUGGAGACACAGAAAUAGAAAAGAUAGUGGACGGCAAACUUAAAACGUUUAGUCCGCCUCGAAAGACUUUUUUUUUUAAACCCAUUUUCUCUAGCGUAGCUCCAGUAUCACCGAGACGAGGACAGAGCUAGCUGAGCCGGAGGAGGGGUAGGGGGGGGUCUACCCGUGUGUCAAUCGCUCGAGUUCAGCCGGAAACACGGUUCGUAGCAAAAGUAAAAGUUGUACAAUAGCUUUAACGUCGACUGAACGUGACGAAUUGAACCCCAAAAAAGUUGGACGUUCAAGGGGAAUGGCACUCGACUUCGCCGCGGGCUGCGUGGGAGGUGCUGCUGGUGUUUUGGUAGGACAUCCGUUUGACACAGUAAAGGUGCGUCUCCAGGUUCAAAAUGCAGACAAGCCUCUCUACCGUGGCACAUAUCACUGCUUCCAGUCCAUCAUACGCCAGGAGUCGACGUUGGGUUUGUACAAAGGACUGGGCUCUCCAAUGAUGGGCCUGACCUUCAUCAACGCCAUCGUCUUCGGCGUGCAGGGCAACGCCAUGCGCAAGCUGGGUCGCGACACGCCGCUCAACCAGUUCCUGGCGGGAGCCUCGGCGGGCGCCAUCCAGUGUGUCAUCUGCUGUCCAAUGGAGCUGGCCAAGACCCGCAUGCAGAUGCAAGGCACCGGGGAGAAGAAGUCCAAGAGGAAGAUGUACAAGAACUCUUUGGACUGCCUGCUGAGAAUUUACAACAAAGAAGGCAUCCGCGGCAUCAACCGCGGCAUGGUGACGACGCUCCUCCGCGAGACCCCGGGAUUCGGCGUCUACUUCCUGGCGUACGACGUGCUGACUCGCCACCUGGGCUGUGAGCCGGAGGACCCGUAUUUGAUCCCCAAGCUGCUGUUCGCCGGCGGCAUGUCCGGCAUCGCCUCCUGGAUCUCCACCUACCCCGUGGACGUCAUCAAGUCCCGACUGCAGGCGGACGGCGUGGGCGGCGUGCAGCGCUACGGCGGCAUCGUUGACUGCGUGCGGCAGAGCGUGCGCAAAGAGGGAUGGAGGGUGUUCACGCGUGGUCUCACCUCCACGCUGCUUCGGGCUUUCCCGGUCAACGCCACCACCUUCGCCACCGUGACUCUGUUCCUGCUGUACAUGCGAAAGGAUGACGAAUGUGUUCUGAAGGGCCCGGAGCCGCAGGCCGUGCCCAUGCAGCCGCUGCAGCCUCAGGCUCAAGCCACCAGCAUCUGAGCUCAGAAAAGUGAUUGUACUGUAGGUACAUAUCACACAGGCGUCGUAUUUAAUAAUUACAUAGGGAGAUGAAAUGGCAUUUGUACAUUUAUUUUUCAAUGUUCUUUUUUUUUUUAAUGCUCAUUAAGGAAUAGCCCCAGUGUGGUUACAGGUGUUACGGUAUUGCACAGAAAUGUGUUGAAAGGCUUCGGCGCCUCAUCUGUUGCGAUGCAUAUCUUAAGUUAGAUUCAUUUUGUGGCGUCAAACCAUCAGCUUUUUUUUUGUUCUUCGCUCCACAUUUCACUUUUGCCAAUUUACUCUUAACGGUUACACGAGUUGGGGGACUCGAGUAAAACUGAAGUUUCCAAUUUUAAGUUUUCGGACUAACAAGAGACUUGACUUUAAAUAAUGAAAUACAUGAGAUCUGAAAAAUCACCAAUUUCAAGAAAUGUGACUCUACGGAGCCCUUAAAAAAACAAAACUGGUUUCUCAUUACAAUGAGAAAGAUACUCAUUGCAAUGAGUAAUUUACUCAUUGUAAUGAGUAGCUGACUUACUCAUGAGUAAAUUACUCAUUACAAUGAGUGUCGAAAAACUGCUACCUAUGGGUCGUAGCUUAUUUACCUGCUUCCUGAAUAAGGGUCUUUUAUGCGUGCACACAUGCAAUGGACUAGUUACUCAUUACAAUGAGAAAGUUUCUCAUUAAAAUGAGAAACCAGUUUUUUUUUUUUUUUUUCCCCCAAUGUCCCUUGAGGGGCUCCGUAUCACUCAGAAGAGACUCAUAAAAAAUUAUUUAGCAAGCUAAGCUACACCCCAUUAGGAAGCUUCAACAUACAUUGAGAUGUGUUUAUGUGGACAUGAAGAUAUGACAAAUGAGGUUUUAUUGCAGUGGUAACUGAUGGGUAAAAUUUAAAUAUGAAGCAAAAAUACCCAAAUACCUUUUCUAAACUUUUGAAUGUACGUCCAACUGUUAACUGUUUCUAUACUUUCCGCAUGACAUUUUUCCUUAACAAGGAAUGUGUGACUCUUCAAGUUUUUCUAAAUCUCUCCUAAUGACACUCAAAAGUCAGUGGCCACCUCCCGUUUGAAGCCUUGUGAUGGUGAAGAAUUUGGUAGCUGUCAUGAAAAAGAUGAUGAAGAGGACAGAUUCAUGCAUUCAUCUUUCAUUCACGUGGCCCGAUUGGCUGGCAACCACAGCCGCGUAUCCUCACAAGGGUCAUGGGAGCGGUGGAGCCUAGCCUAGCUAUGUUCAAGCAGGACGCAGGGUACAACCUGAACUGGUUGCCAGCCAGUUGGAGGGCACAAACAACCAUUUGGACUCACAUUCACACCUACGACCAGUUGAAAGUCUUCAAUUAAAACUCUACAAAGAUGGGGUGGGAUUUGAACCCCGGUUCUCAGAACUUUGAGGCAGACGCUUUAACCAGUCGUCUCAAUGUGACGCCUCAAGGAUUGUAUGUUUGGUAAAAUUAGGAAAUUGGGAUUCUUGGUUAGUAACUCAGGCAACUACAACUUUAUCCGUCACGGACAUUUUAAAACCCACCGACAGGAAGAAAAUUAACUUCACGGUUUACCUGGUCAAACAUGAACUAUAUUUUCUGUUCGUUAUGUGUUUAAUUGAGAAUAAAAUAAAGUGAUAGACAGGAUGGAGGCUGGUUUUGGAACCGAGAAGAACCCCAUUGUGAAUGUUUCUAUAUCUACCUAACAAGAGCCCAGAUAUGGAGUGCCAUGUGGCUCAUCUGUGUGAAUAUUAUGAUGUUCAGGAUUGUAUGACCCAAAUUAUGUCUUUCCGAAGUUAUGUCUUGACUUGCCUCAUUUUUUGCAACAGUAGCUGGAAACUUUAGGACUCCUGACUCCCAGCUCUGAUGGUUACAAAUACUGUACAUACAUGUAAAUAUUACAUUUGUUUUCCUGAGGUUACAGCUGUGUCAUUGUAAGUGUACAGUAUUUCUUUAUCCUCCAUUUUACGACAGUGGAACUACCAAAGUUCAACAUAGUCCACAUCGUGACACUGGUUGACUGAGUUCCCAAAUGGUGCAAACAACAAUUUAAAAAAAAAAAAAAAAAAUUCCAUCACUCAUCCUGAGGUAGCAUUACAAAAAAAAAAGCCAAAGAGAAAGCAGGCAAAUUAAAAACCUGGUUUUCAGUUUCGCCUGAGCUGGAGUCGAGGGUGUGUUGGACUUUGGAGGUUCCACCUAAUCGUGCUAGACCAUCACCGUCCCCUGCUGCGAUGUAAAUUCCAAACAAAAUGGCUGAUGCAGAGAAUGUGUAAUGGUGGUCUCGAAUCUUAAAAAAAAUGAAAUAAAUGAGCUAUUCUACAAUA